AUGUUUGCUCUCGGAGCGUUAUCACUUGAUAAGUUAAAACACAAGCCGCGAUCAAACAACCUUAUCAUGGUAACAUUCUUACUGGUGACAUUAGAGAGCUCCACAGAAUCCAAUGCAAUAAGGCUAGUCAAACUGGAGGAGCUACAGACCUUGAACGAUGCAGAGGGAGUGGGGGACAAUGCUAGUGAAGAAUGCUUGGCCAAAAAUUUCAACUUAUCCCAGAACUUUUGUCCAUCGUAUUUCGACGGACUGUUAUGCUGGGAUCCUACGCCAUGGAACACAUUGGCCGUGCAAAAGUGCUUUAGUGAAUUCCACGGUGUACAAUACGACGACACGCAAAAUGCGUCCCGUUUAUGUCUGGAAGGAGAAUGGCACAACUACUCGGAUUACGCAAAUUGCACAGAGAGGAUCGCGAACGUGUCGCCGACGGAUGUCACUAGUCUUAUAUAUUUGGCCGGAUACUCCCUGAGCCUCGCUGUACUGUCUCUCGCUGUGUUUGUUUUCUUAUAUUUCAAAGACCUGAGAUGUCUUCGAAAUACAAUACACACUAAUCUUAUGUCCACUUAUAUACUAUCAGCUUGUAGUUGGAUGUUAAAUUUAGCGUUACAAAACUGGUCAGAUGAAGCUCAACAAGAACAGACAUCUUGCAUGAUUCUAGUGAUAUGCAUGCAUUAUUUCUAUUUAACAAACUUCUUUUGGAUGUUAGUUGAAGGUCUAUAUUUAUAUAUGUUAGUAGUUGAAACAUUUACGGCAGAAAAUAUUAAGCUGAAAGUUUACACAACAAUUGGAUGGGGAGCUCCAGCCAUAUUCAUCACGAUAUGGGUAAUAUCUCGAUGCUUCGUCUCCGUUGUGCCCUCGACAGGACCGGACGGAUUAACAUUGACCGGGGAGGCUAAAAUGUGCACAUGGAUCCACGAGCACACGGUGGACUGGAUACACAAAGCGCCUGCUCUCGCCGGCCUCGCGCUCAAUCUGUUCUUCCUUAUAAGGAUUAUGUGGGUUCUAAUAACAAAAUUGCGCUCAGCAAAUACGCUAGAAACAGAACAAUAUAGGAAAGCAACGAAAGCCCUGCUCGUUCUUAUUCCGCUUCUGGGCAUUACCAAUCUUCUUGUACUUUGCGGGCCGAGCGACGAUUCAUGGUUUGCGCAUGCCUUCGACUACGCCCGCGCUUUGAUGCUAUCUACACAGGGUUUCACGGUAGCGUUGUUCUACUGCUUCAUGAAUACAGAGGUACGGCACGCGAUCCGUUACCACGUUGAGAGAUGGAAAACUGGACGUAAUAUUGGAGGUGGGAGGCGAAGAGGAGCCUCCUACUCCAAGGACUGGUCUCCGAGAUCCCGGACUGAAAGCAUUCGGUUAUACAGCCACCCUUCGAAGCGGGAGUCUGCAGCGUCGGAAACGACGACCACAACUUUAUUGGUACCGCGCAUGUCGCUUGCACCACACUACGACGGGAGACAUCUACACGCUGAUUACAUAACAAGCGGGAGUGCAAGCGGGGAGCAGUCGCCGGUG